AUGAACGGCUCUGCCUCCGCCUCUGCCUCCGCCUCCGCCUCGCAUCUGCAGCUGCCGCCCUCGGACCCGCCCUCGCUCGCCCUGCGCCCCAACACGGCCGUCGCCGCCAAUGCCUCGACUGCCCCCGACCCAGACGAGCCUGCACAACCCCAGCGCCCGGCCUCCUCGGGCCCCCAGACUGCCCGCCCUGGCUACGCGCGCGCAAAGAGCGACUUUGGCCCUCGCCAUGGCCCCAUCCCCCCCGACGCCGCCGACGACGACAGCGUCGACGGCCACUUCAAGAUCCGCCACGGCUGGGACGACCAAUUGAACUCGGAGGAGUACAGCAACCUGCUCACCUCCAACUUCUUCAUGUACUACACGGACAAGAAGCACGAGACGGGCGGCCACCCCAAGAACGAGCAUGGCGCCUUUCCCGUCCAAGAGUGGCGCAUGCGAGACCGCCUCAAGACCGUCUCGGCCGUCCUCGCCCUCUGCCUCAACAUCGGCGUCGACCCGCCCGACGUCAUCAAGACGAAUCCCUGCGCAAAGGAAGAGUGCUGGAUCGACCCCACCGUCACGUCGCAGACGCCCGGCCACACCCCCAUGAACCAGAUUGGCAAGGCCCUGCAGACGCAGUACGAGCAGCUGAGCAUGCGCACCCGCUACAAGCUGCUGCUCGACCCCACGACCGAGGAGACGCGCAAGUACACUUCGACGCUGCGCCGCAAUGCCCGCAACGAGCGCGUCCUGUUCCACUACAACGGCCACGGCGUGCCCAAGCCCACGUCGUCGGGCGAGAUCUGGGUCUUUAAUAGAAACUACACACAGUACAUUCCCCUGUCGCUUUACGACCUGCAGUCCUGGAUCGGCGCCCCCAGCCUCUUUGUCUAUGACUGCUCCGACGCCGGCCUCAUCAUCACCAACUUCAAUCGCUUCGCUGAAAAACACCAGGCCGAGUUUGAAGAGGCCCGCCGACGAGACCCCAGCGUCGAGCACGUCGACUUUGGCGACUGCAUCCAUCUGGCCGCAUGCAGGGAAAAGGAGUCGCUUCCUACCAACCCAGAGCUGCCUGCUGAUGUUUUUACUUCGUGUCUAACCGAUCCCAUCACCAUGGCCGUGCGCUUCUUCAUCUUGCAAAACCCUCUUCCCAGCAAAGUCAGCCUCCGCGAUGCUCACAACAUUCCAGGCAAGGUCUCUGAGCGUAGAACGCCCAUUGGCGAGUUGAACUGGAUCUUCACAGCCAUUACUGACACAAUUGCAUGGAACUCGCUUUCCAAGCCCUUGUUCAAGAAGCUGUUCCGCCAAGACUUGAUGGUCGCAGCCCUCUUCCGCAACUAUCUGCUCGCACAGCGCAUCAUGCGUGCCUACCACUGCCAUCCCGUGUCGCAUCCUGAGAUUCCCCAGACACACAACCACCCGCUCUGGCGCAGCUGGGAUCUUGCGGUUGAGCUCAUCUUGGCCCAGCUGCCUGAUCUCCAGGCAGAGGCGAGCGGCGAGCGCGAGUACAACUACAAGCACUCUGACUUUUUCUCAGAGCAGCUGACUGCCUUUGAGGUGUACCUGACCCAAGGCGCCGUCGAGCAAAAGGUUCCCGAACAGCUUCCUAUAGUGCUGCAAGUGUUGCUUAGCCAGGUUCACCGACUGCGUGCACUGAUUCUGCUCUCGAGCUUCUUAGACCAUGGCCCUUGGGCUGUCAAUCUUGCCCUCAGCAUUGGCAUUUUCCCCUAUGUGCUCAAACUACUGCAAUCACAGGCAAACGAGCUCAAGCCCGUCAUGGUCUUCAUCUGGGCUCGCAUUCUUGCUGUCGAUCAAUCGUGCCAAGCCGACCUCCUCAAAGACAAUGGCUAUCAGUAUUUUAUCAGCAUAUUCAAUCCAAAUUCGGCAGGUAUUCCAAUCCAAAACGCCAGCGAGCACCGCGCCAUGUGCGCCUUUAUCAUUUCCAUGUUCUGCAAGGACUACAACCAAGGACAGCGCGCCUCGCUCAACACAGAGCUGGUGGAGAGCUGCCUGGACCACCUCAAAGAUAUGCAGAACCCGCUGCUGAGACAGUGGUCGUGUCUGUGCCUGAGUAAGCUCUGGGUCAACUACGAAGAAGCCAAAUGGGUCGGCAUACGCUGCAUGGCGCACGAACGCCUGUGCGAGCUUGUCGUAGACCCCGUCGCCGAAGUCCGUGCUGCCAUGCUGCAUGCGUUGGCCUCGUUCCUGGGUAUCCGUGACGUUACGCCCCAGGUGGCUAACAUUGAAGAGUCGAUUGCUUCCAUGAUUCUCGUCAUGACAAUGGACGGCAACAGCAUGGUGCGCAAGGAAUUGCUCAUCUUCUUCUCGACAUUUGUUGCUCGCUACAAGAGCCGCUUUGUCGUCGCCGCGUUCGAACAGCUUUCGGAAGAGAACACAGACUCGAAGCAAUCAGAUGACAAGGCUGGUGAAGGACACGGAAAGAACCGGAACGGAGGCGCAGGCAGUGUCUCCGAGUCGUCGUCCUGCUCGCAAAAUACCAUAUACGCUGCGAUAUGGAAGGAGCUGCUGGUCAUGUCGGUUGAUCCGUACCCCGAAAUCGCCCGAGAUGCUGGAAUUGUCGUCGACUACAUUCUGAUGGCGUUGAUGGAGUCGUCCCUUUCCAAGUUUGUACAAACGCAGCUGGAUGAAACCCUUCAGCACGUGCCGGCACCUCGUCCAAUGCGUCGCGCAGCAGAGGAAGGCCCUGCCCCUCAAAAAGCCUCCAAUCCCCCAACCCCCACAAAAGACUCUACAUAUCUGUCUCUGUUUGGUGGCAUCAGAAAGUCUACAAGCGUGGGUGCUUCGCUCAAGAACCUCUGGACUGGCCAAGAUUCAGCAAGCCGCAGACAGAGCAUGGUGGGAAGAGCAGGUGGGGAGGGUUCUCAGAUGCCUGCUCUAUCCCGACCUCAGACACCAGAAAAGUAUCAUGUCGAGGAGCAACCCACGUCUCGGGGGUUCAAGAACCGUGACUUGUCUGAAAAGCCGGAAAUACCACUGAAGAGCGUCUUUUUCGAAUGGUCUGUGGAAUACUUUAGAGAGCCGCAGAUGAAACCUACAGAAGCCGAUGAGCCCGGAAGUACAGACUACAAUGGCAGGCUGUGGCGCAGGAACCGUAACGACAAGAUCAUUGCUGAGACCCAGCCGCUAAAAGACAUUGCUGUUACCAAUCGUUGGGAUGUGCCUCGCGGUUAUGUGGAUAACCUCAGCCAACCGGCAAAGAUGUGUUUCCACCAGUUCGAGGAUCAUCUCGUCGUGACGGAUACGCGUGACACAGUCAACAUCUUUGACUAUUCCAAGUCUGUCAAUCGCAUCAAUAGCUUCUCAAACGGAAACCCGCCUGAGUCAAGAAUCACAGACGUGCGCUUCAUCAAUGAAGACGACCAGGCACUGUUGAUGACUGGGUCUUCGGAUGGUGUCAUCAAAAUUUUCCGUAACUACGACCGCAAAGGAGAGACGGAAUUGGUUACCGGGUUCCGUGCCCUGACAGAUCUGGUUUCAAGCAACAAGAAUGCCGGACUCGUCUUUGACUGGCAGCAAGGCAGGGGCUUAAUCCUAGUCGCUGGUGAUGUCAAGGUCAUUCGGGUAUGGAAUGCCGGAACUGAAGUAUGCACGAAUGAUCUCCCGGCGCGGUCCGGUUCUUGCAUUACAUCCUUGACGUCGGAUCAGGUAGAGGGCGAUGUGUUUGUCGCUGGCUUCGGGGACGGCGCCAUACGUGUGUACGAUCAGCGCCAAAAGCCAGCUACUGCCAUGGUCAAGGUUUGGAAAGAGCACAAGCAGUGGAUCACCAAUGUCCACCUACAGCGUGGCGGACAGCGCGAGCUUGUCAGUGGCUGUCGCGGUGGUGAGGUGAAGCUAUGGGAUAUCCGUUGGGAUCGGAGUGUGAAGACGAUCCAGGCAACUUCCGACACUCUGAGGACACUGAGCGUCCAUGAACAUGCUCCGGUAUUUGCUACUGGCACGCAGCGACACCGGGUCAAAAUCUUCAACCUCAACAACGGCCAAGCUGUAUCCCACCUUGAGCCUUAUUCUGGUUUCCUUCGGGACCGUUCUUCGCCUAUAUCAGUCACUGCUUUCCAUCCCCAUCGCUUAAUGAUUGCCGCUGCAGCAGCACACGACACGCACGUCAAUAUUUUCUCAUGCCACGAGCCCAAGAACUCGACGGUCAAAACCGUCAAACUCUGGGAGGGAGGUGCUACAGCGUCAAGUCGGUCGUCAAUUCACGGGUAAUUAAUGUUUUCAUUGUACUUUUGUGCCUGACAUACGGGAAGCGAUUACGACAUGUACAACAUGGCAGGGCACAGCUUUGAGCAUUGGAGCAAGCGGGUUGCAUUGUUUUACGGCGUGCUGCAGGGCUCCUUGAAGACGC